AUGUCCGAUCACAGUACUACGAUCCAUGCUACGGCGUCCGCGGGAACCGACGCGCUCCGCAACCCUGGUCCAGUGGUGCGGGCGAAUAGUAUGCGAGCUGGACUAUUCAAUCGUGGAAGGACUCUCGGUAUUGGAUGCUGGAAUGUACGAACGUUCCUGGACCCUGGUACCCAAAGUCUGACCGCACGCAGCCUUCAUCAGUACAACGUGGAUGUCUGCUGUCUGUCUGAGGUACGACUCCCUGACUCGGGCUCCCGUGAAAUCAAGAUCCCUGGAGUCGAAUCCCACUUCACCCUGUACCACAGCGGCCCCCUCGAUUCCUCUGGUCGGCAUGGUGUGGCGAUCGCCCUAUCACAACAAGCAGACCUCGCGCUACUUGCUUGGGAACCAGUCAAUGACCGGAUGGCCUACGUGCGACUGAAGGGUCACUUCACGAACAUCUCCAUCGUCGCUGUGUACUCACCAACUUCGGCUGCCGAACAGCGCGAUAAAGAGGCGUUUUACUCUCAGUUGCAAGCGCUAGUUGAAAGACUGCCGCGCCGCGAUCUGCUGAUUGUUGCUGGCGAUUGGAAUGGUCGAACUGGACCUGGCGACUCCACAACCAGUCAUCUUCUUGGCCGCUUUGGGCUUGGUUCUCGAUGUGAAAAUGGUGAGAGAUUGCUGAACUUCGCUGAUCGAAACCGACUGCUUGUCACCAACACAUGCUUCCAGCAUCGAAAAAAACAUCUGCUGACCUGGUAUUCAAACGAUGGUCGUACGGCCAGUCAGAUUGACUACAUACUAGUCAGCUCAAGAUUCCGCAGCUGGGUUCACGAUAGCAGAUCGAUGCGUGGUGCCGAGACUGGUAACGCCCAUGGGUCGGACCAUGUCCUCGUCCGUACACGCCUGAAAGUUCAUCUCUCAUCCGCGCCGAAAAUGCCACGUCCUAGACGCCUCAAUGUCGCAAAAAUCCGGCAAGCCAGCACUGCUGAGGCCCUAAGCAGAGAAAUCCGGACCUGUUUUACGACCCGAGCCGACGGAGAAGUCAGGAACCAGUGGUCGUCAUUGAAGACAUCAGUCUAUGGGGCAGCUGAGAAAAUCCUUGGAUACACCCAGCGACGCCGCAGUGACUGGAUCAGCGAAAGAACCCUGCAGUUGUCUGCUCAGACGGCUAGAGCCAGGUCCCGCAACGAUGACUACUUCCGCCAACUUCGGAAGAUGACGUCAAAAUCGGCCAGGGAUGACCGAAAGCAAUAUUGGGCUGAAAUAGCGACAUCCAUGGAACAGGCCUCGAACGUUGGUGACACUCGAAAGCUCUACCGUCUGAUCCGCCAAGUUAGCGGUAAGCCCUCUACAUUGAGUGACUCUGUUCGCGAUGUGAACGGCGGCUUUAUUGCUGACAACUCGGCCAAAGUCGAGCGCUGGCGUGAGCACUUUGAGCACCAUCUCAACUUCGAUACCCAACCAACAUCGUCCUUGCUCUCCUCCACAGCGGAGUUUCUUCCCUCUCCUAUCUAUGCAGUGCCAUGCGAUCCCCCCUCCGAGGAAGAAGUCGCCGAUGCCAUACGAAAGUUGCGCAACAAUAAGGCACCCGGAGAGGACGGUAUACCCGCUGAAAUCUUCAAGUCUUGUGUCGACACUCUGGCGCCCUGGCUCCAUGAGGUGAUUGAACGAGCGUGGAGAGACGAGGUUGUUCCUGAUGACUGGGGCUUAGGCAUCCUUGUACCUAUCCUCAAGAAGGGAGAUAAGACGAGAUGCGAGAACUACCGCGGCAUAAGUCUCAUCGACGUUGCUGCGAAGAUCUUCGCUAUUGUCCUACUCCGGCGAUUCCAGGCUGUGCGUGACUCCAGGACGAGGCCCAACCAAGCCGGAUUUCGUGCUGGACGUGGAUGCGCAGAUCAGAUAUUCACACUGAGGCGCAUUCUCGAAUUUCGCCAUAGCUACCAACAACCGACGGCCGUCUGCUUCGUUGACUUUGCCGCCGCGUUCGAUUCCGUUCACCGUGAGUCCCUGUGGCGGAUAAUGGCGCUAGAUGGUGUACCGGCAAAAAUCAUCGCCAUGAUCAAGGCCUACUAUCGCUCCACUACUGCAAGAGUCCUGGUCCGUAACAAUCUUUCCCAACCGUUCGGUAUUCGGUCUGGCGUCCGACAGGGUUGUAUCCUGUCACCCAUACUGUUCAACUACGCUAUUGACUGGAUCCUCGGGAGGGCCCUACGCGACGGUGACGGUGUUGAAUUUGCACCCGGAUAUCGACUGACUGAUCUCGACUACGCCGAUGAUAUCGCCUUACUUGCUUCAAGUUAUGGUGAUCUGCAGUCUAUGGUGUCACGGGUGAACGAGGUCGCCAAAGCAGUCGGUUUGUCCAUAAACGCUGGGAAGACCAAAGUAUUCUCAAGCUGCAUCCCUGACCAGGAGAAGGCACCCCUGGGGAUUGAUGGCUGUCAACUUGAAGAAGUGGACAGUUUUAAAUACCUUGGGGCGAGGCUGCUGCCUAACGGACAGAGUAAGGACGACAUUGUCUCCCGAAUCGAUGCUGCCCGCUGGGUUUUCUCAAGCCUUCGGAAAUGCCUGUGGAGCCGACGUGACCUUUCCAUCGCCACUAAGAUUCGCGUGUACCGUGCAUCUGUCCGGUCUGUCCUUCUCUACGGUUGUGAAUGCUGGGCUUUGCGCGUGGAGGAUGACCGAAAACUGGAGGUAUUUGACCACCACUGCCUGAGGAUCAUCCUUCGAGUGAAGUUAACCGACUUCGUCUCAAAUGAGACAGUCCGCGCUCGCUGCGACAACAUCGCAAGGAUAACUCAGGCCAUCCAAGAAAGACGACUGAGGUGGUUCGGGCAUGUUCUUCGUCGUCCACCUCAGGAGCUCAGUGUUACUGCCCUCGACCCGGCACCGUUGCCCCAUUGGAGGCGUCGAAGAGGGGGUCAGUUCAAAACCUGGCUCGACACUGUCCGUCAAGACAUGGAGGUGGUUCUUGGACCUUCGGUAUUCGGUCUCCGUCGUUGGCGAAGGGAAUGGGUCGAGCUGUCUAGAUCUGCUGCCGCAGACCGUCACGCGUGGAGAGGUACAGUUCGGGACAUCAUCGAGGCCGGCUAG